AUGUGGCAUUUGCAUAAGGCCACUUGUUUAACGUCAUGGUUUGCUGGCGGGAGGUCCAAUAAAACAUGCCCCGACUGCCGAGCUCCGGUCAAAACUCCACCUGCCCCUGCAUACCUGGUUCGUGCUGUCGUCCAACUUUUCACAGGCCGUGCAGAACUUUUAGAAAAAGGUGAGACGACGGCCGAGCACAAGCGCCAUCAGCGCGAAGAGGCUGAAAAGUUGGAGAACGAUAAGAAGAACACACAUCCCAAAGAGGGCGGAUUAUUCCGGGGUACAUUCAACAAAAAACUUCCAACCGCACAGCCCAUCGUUGACCUGGAGGACAAUGUCGUUCGCUGCCCGCGCUGUUCAUGGGAGCUGGAAGAAGACUCGAAUUGCGCACAGUGCGGAUACCGACAGGAUGAAGAGUCGGUGACAGAUACAUCAGAUAUAUCAGAUUCCGAUUCGACCGGUUCAAUUUCAACCGAUUCAGAGGAGAAUUCUGAGAUGACAGAUUACAUGGAUGACGAAUUCGAAGAUGGAUUCGGCGAAUUGGACGACGUCGAUUGGAACGGUUUCUAUAAUGGGGUUUCUAUCGAGGGGAGGGUUGAUGAUCUUCCCCGUCAUAUAUACAGCUUAGUUCGCCAUUAUCAUCAUCACACUCCCCCCUCACACCGCCCUGUCUUUGCGCGCAAUAGCCUCUUUGAUGAAGCGAAUUCAACUGCUCAUGAAACUGAAGAAUCGACUGACGACUACUUGGACGACACAGACAUGGACUCAUUCAUUGACGACGAUGAACAUAUCGAGCAGGGUCAUGACUCAGACUCGGACAGAUCUACUGUAGUCGGGGGUCCUGAAGUUCGAUUCCCGCCUGAUCAAGAUGAUGUCCAGUUGAGCUCAGAGGUAACAAUGUCCCAGGCCGACGACUGUAUCGAUGAUUCCCUGGAUAGCUUAGACGAGAUCUCAGAUAGCGAAGAGGAAGAGGAUGAAGAUGAUGAUGACGAAGAUGAUGAGCCUAUCCGGCCUCCCGUAGCCGGAAAUCGGCGCCGCCAAUUUCCAGCCUCAAAUGGGGCUUCAUCAUCUGUCCUCGCGAGUCGAAUGGGGGGUGCUCCAAACGUGAAUCCCUACGCGAUGCGCCGACAGGCAUCACGUAGUCAAAGCACAAAUCCGUCUCUCUUCGAGAGUCGAAUUCGGCGAGGUCCAAACGUGAAUUCUUACGCGAUGCGCCGGCAAGCAUCACGUAGUCAAAGUACAAACACGGAAGGAACUUCUGCCUCGAAUGCAAUAACACUGGACGAUGAUUCUGACGAGCCAGUUCGAGCAAUCCGAAGACAUUGCCGAAAUACCGGCCGUUGA